GCGGCGGGGGCCGCUGGCUCGGGGGCUGCGGGCGGCGCAGAGCGGCGGGAGCGGCGCCCGGGCGCGGAGCGGCGCCUUCCCCGGCCCACCCGUCGGUCCCGCUGCUCGUUAACCCCCUCCCCGCUGCGGCCGAGCCCGCGGCGCCCCGGCCGGGCCGCGCACCUGCCGGACCCCGGGCGGGACCCCCCCUUCCCGGGCCGGCGUCGAUGCUGAGCGGGCCGGGGGCUCUGCCCGCCUCCCCCACACCAUGGACGGCUUCUACGACCAGCAGGUUCCCUUCAUGGGCCCCGGGAAGUCCUGCGCAGAGGAGGGCCGAGGCCGGACGGGGUCCGAUAGGAAAAGGAAAUUUUUGGAGACCGACCUGGCCCACGACUCGGAAGAGCUCUUCCAGGAUCUCAGCCAGCUCCAAGAGGCCUGGCUAGCUGAAGCUCAGGUCCCUGAUGACGAACAAUUUGUCCCAGAUUUCCAGUCUGACAACUUGGUCCUGCACGCCCCACCGCCAGCAAAGAUCAAGCGGGAGCUGCACAGCCCUUCCUCGGAGCUGUCGUCCUGCAGCCACGAGCAGGCCCUCUGCGCUGGCUAUGGGGACAAGUGCCUCUACAACUGCUGUGCCUAUGACAGGAAGCCCCCCGCCGGGUUCAAGCCAUUAACGCCGCCCGCCACGCCGGCAUCUCCUGCGCACCAGGGAUCGGCUCUGCCGCUGCCGGCCUCGGCCGUGCCAGCAGCUGCCCAUGGGGCGGCUCCGACCCCGCACGCGCUGCAGGAGCAGAGGCAGCAGACCUUCGCCGUGCCGCGGCCGCCUCACCCGCCCAUGCACAUGCCAAAGAUGAUGUCUGAAAACCAAUAUCCUGCAGAGCACAGGUUUCAGAGGCAGCUGUCGGAGCCCUGCCACCCCUUCCCGCCGCAGCCCGGGGUCCCCGGGGACAGCCGCCCCGUCUACCACCGGCAGCUCUCGGAGCCCCUGGGCCCCAGCGCCCCCCGCCCCGCUCAGGGAUUCAAGCAGGAGUACCAUGACCCGCUCUACGAGCACGGUGGCCCCAGCCUGCCCGGCCCCCCCGGCCGCGGCUUCCAGCCGGCCAUGGGCAUCAAGCAAGAGCCCCGGGACUACUGCAUCGACUCAGAAGUGCCUAACUGCCAGUCCUCGUACCUGCGCGGGGGCGUCUUCCCCAGCAGCCAUGACGGAUUUUCAUAUGAAAAGGACACACGAUUGUAUUUUGAUGACACGUGCGUGGUACCAGAGAGGCUGGAGGGUAAAGUGAAGCAGGAGCCCACCCUGUACCGCGAGGGCCCUCCCUACCAGCGGCGCGGAUCCCUGCAGCUCUGGCAAUUCCUGGUCACCCUCCUGGAUGACCCUGCCAAUGCCCACUUCAUCGCCUGGACCGGCCGGGGCAUGGAGUUCAAGCUGAUCGAGCCCGAGGAGGUAGCACGGCGCUGGGGCAUCCAGAAGAACCGGCCAGCCAUGAACUACGACAAGCUCAGCCGCUCCCUGCGCUACUACUACGAGAAGGGCAUCAUGCAAAAGGUGGCCGGCGAGCGGUAUGUCUAUAAGUUCGUCUGCGAUCCCGAUGCCCUCUUUUCCAUGGCUUACCCCGAUAACCAACGCCCCUUCCUGAAGACGGAGCCCGACUGCCCGGUGCCUGAGGAGGAGACGGUGCCGCUGACGCACUUCGAGGACAGCCCCGCGUACCUCCUGGAGAUGGAUCCCUGCGGCAGCCUUCCCUACGCUGAGGGCUUCGCUUACUGACUCGGCCGGCCCGCAGCGCCACGAGCACUAGCACAUCAUCCACUUUGGGCAAAUACGGUUUUGUAAAGAACACUUUUUUUUUUGUUUUCGCUGAUCCUAAGAAGGUAAAAAAAGAACCUGAAGCCACCAAACCGCAUGGGUGCACACACCCAGAUUGGAGGAAUCUAAAAUGCCCGGUGUGUGUCAUUGCCGAAUUCCCACCUUCCUGUCCAAGGGCUAGUGCGUAGGACUGCCCGUGGUUGGCACCUCCCGCCAAGCAUCGCCGCGAGGUUUUUAGGGUGACGGGAGCUAAGGACGCGAGGGCUGCCGGCUCCGGCCGUGCCCCAGGACUGGGCUCGAGCCAGCGUGGCUGCCGAGCCAAUUGUCACGACAAUCUGCUUUGCAUCGAGCGUGAUCCGCGUAGCUGCCUUGUGUGGUGGAAAGGGCUUUGAUUUGCACAGAGGAGGGAUGCGGGGAGCGGGGUGGGGGGCGCUUCUUGCCCAGCACCCCGGGGCUGAUGUGCGCAGCAUCCUACCCCGACCCCACGGAGCCUUCUGCCUUCUUCCCAGCCCUCCCUGCCCCACUCUCGUGCUAUAACCUGGUGUAACGGUUUCCCUGCCUCCUCUCCGUGCCCUUCUCGCUCCUCCUUCCCAGCUCCAGCUGCGUGCCAAGGGUUGCAUUUCAGGGAGGAGACCCUGACACUAUCUCCCUCUUUUUCUUUUUAUUUUUUUUUGGUGGUUCAUGGGGGGGGUGGGUAAAAAAGAGUUUCUAAACUGUUUUUUGUAGAUUUUUUGUAUUUUAAGGCAAAACUAUUUUUUUUGCAGCCUGGCUGCUGUUCCCAGAGCCCCUAGGGAUGCCCUUCCAGCUUUCCCGGUGGCAGGGUUGCAGCAGGGAGCUGUGGGUGCCCGCAGCUCACUGGGAUGGCUGCUGAAGUAUCUGGUCCACUCCAUUUCACCGCUCCAGUCCCCUUGCGCCCGGAGCCAGGGCUCAGCUGCGCUCCUUCCUGCUCGGCACGGCCUCGGAGCUGGGCUGUAGGGCUGCGGCGGGCAGGGACGGUGGGUCCCCACCCCGCUCCCCCUCCACGCUGCGCUUCCUAACACUCCUCCACCACUCAUAUAUCCAUCCCUGCCUCUCCCCCACCCGCUACAUGUUUUUUGUUGUAAAUGCUGUAUAGGAAUUUUUUUUUCUCUUCCUUACUUAGCUUUGGUUGGAUUUUUUUGACUGAUUAAUUCUUUUUUUUUUUUUUUUGGCAAGUAUGAAGAUUAACCCUGAGUAGACUCGGUUGCUCUCCUGCGGUGGCGUGCACCACGGGGAGCGUUCAGUUGUGGGAACCCCACCUUGGGGACAAGGUUUUAACCGUUUGCUCAGUGUGGCAGGUCUACAGUGCAGAAGGGGUUAAUCUGAGGACUGAUUUGAAAUAAUCUUUACUCGAGCAGGGCUGUGUAUCUCCUGCAAAGCUGCAUUACAUUCUGUACUGUGUACAAUAAAGGAACUUGCUUUCUGUUCCUCCCUG